AUGGAAAUCAAGGAUAAAUUUGAGUUUGAAAAGCCAAAGCCGCUGAGAGGCCCGACCCAAUACAGGAACAAGAACAAGUACUGUCAUUACCACAAGGACGUGGGAUAUGACACGAACGAUUGUAUCAAUUUGAAGAGACUGUUGGACAAGCUAGCCGAGAAGGGCAUGCUGAAUUCUUAUGUGAUGAAGUCCAAAUUCACUUACACACGGACAAACAACACGUCCGAGCAAAGACAGAAAAAUGAUAAGAAUAAAGACAAGGAAGAUGAUGGGAAUAUCACUGACUCAGGCUUUGUCGCCGUGAUAUCAGGGGGAUUUGCCUCAGGCGGCCCAACUAUGAAGGCGAUUAAGCAAAACGCCCGGAACUUGGGAAAGCGUGGAAUUGAGGCCAACCCUGAAAAGAUUCAAGCCGUCCUGGACAUGAAGUCAAGGACGAUUACGGAAGUACAAAGAUUGACCGGCUGUUUAGCAGCACUUGGUAGAUUUCUGUCAAGAUCAUGGGAUAAGUGCCGUUAUUUCUUUCAAACCAUCAAGAAGAAAGCCAUGUUUGAAUGGACAGAGGAGGCCAAGGAAGCAUUCGUACAGCUAAAAAAUCACCUUGAUACAUUGCCUCGGCUCGUCAGUCCACUCAAGAGUGAGAAGCUAUUUAUUUAUCUCGCCAUCUCUGAACACUCUCUAAGUGUCGUCUUGCUUGCUAAACGGGAUGGCCACCAGAUCCCUAUCUACUUUGUCAGUCAUGUACUUCACAACGCUGAGCUGAAGUAUCCCCCUAUUGAGAAAUUUGGCUUGGCAUUGUACAUGGCAUCGAAAAAGUUGCAGCCAUACUUUUUGGCACAUUCAAUUAUGGUCUACACGGACCAACCUCUGAAGAAGCCAUUUACAACUCUAGAGGCAAAUGGUCGUAUGCUCAAGUGGGCCUUAGAAAUGAGAGGCUUUGACAUUGCAUUCGAGCCAAGAAAAGCAAUCAAGGGACAAGACUUUGCUGAUUUUUUAGCUGAAAUGACUCGGCCGGAUCUCCAGCCGGCCGGAGACCAGGUCUGGAAGGUGUUCGUGGAUGGUAGUGUAACAGCUACCGGGUGUGGUGCAGGUGUCAUAUGUCAGUCUCCUAAGGGAGAUAAGUUUGAGUACGCUCUAAGAUUUCAGUUUCAAGCCUCCAAUAAUGAGGCAGAGUAUGAAGCCCUCCUGGCCGGACUUAGAAUGUGUAAGGCGGCAGGAGCAACAAAAAUUGAUGUAAGCUCGGACUCCCUACUUGUAGUCGGCCAGGUGAAUGGAGACUUCGAGGCAAGGGAGCCGGCUAUGAUGAAAUACUUGAAAAUUGUCAAGGAGGAGGCUAAGGGCCUAGAUCAUUUUACUCUACAACAAGUUCCUCGUUCGUCUAAUCAUCAGGCGGGCGCCCUCUCUAAACUAGCAUCCUCAGCAUCAUGUGAUACCCCCAGGUCAGUAUUUUGGGAGGUAAAGGAAAGAAGGAGUAUUGAUGCCGAGCCGGUAUAUACCAUUGAUAGAAGCUCCACCUGGAUGGAUGGGAUCAUUUCUUAUCUAAAGGAUGGAUUACUCCCGGCCGAUCCUAAAGAGAGCUGGCUGAUGAAAAAGAGAGCGGCCUGGUUCGAAAUGAAGCAGGGGAAGUUGUUUAAAAAGGCGUUUAUGAAGCCGUACCUGAAAUGUAUUACUCCUGAGAAAGGGCAUAAUGUCCUGGACGAUCUUCACCAGGGGCAGUGCGGCUCUCAUAUUGAAGGACGAGCCUUAGCUGAAAAGGCUGCCCAUCUGGCCUACUACUGGCCGAGCUUAAAAUCGGACGCCAUGAAAAUGGCGAAAAAAUGUGACAAAUGCCAGAGAUUUGCAACCUUGAUUCACCGCCCCGCGAAUAGUCUGUUGGCCAUCAGUAGUCCGCUCCCCUUUGCCAAAUGGGGGAUGGAUAUUUUAGGACUGUCACGCCAGCAUCUGGUCAAAGGCUUUAUGUGUUUGUAG